AUGGAGCGGCCGUCGCCCGCAGCGGCGCACUCGCCACCACCCACAGACGACGCGCCACGCCUCCGUGUCGACGGGAGCGUCUUCCCCGGCCUGCAGCUGAAGUAUUCAGGGGACCGGGGCCACCACAUCGUCAGCACGCGCUGGAUGCAUGCAGGGACGUCCCUCCUGAAG